AUGAAUGGGCUGACCGCCCACCUAUCGCUCCACCAUCGCAGCCGGUCACCUCCCACCAUCGCUGGCCGUUGUCCUCCGCCACCUGUCGGCUGUCGUUUAUCGCCGUCCGCCACCGGCUACCUCCUGCCGUCUACCUUCCUCCGUCGUCCAACGCCGGCCGCCUCCCACCGUCGACCGCCGCUGGCUGCCUUUGGCCAUCCUCCGUCGCCUCCCGUUGCCGCCCAACACAGGCCACCUCCCACCGCUCUCUCGCCGCUGCCCAACAUCACCCACCUCCUGCCGCCGCCACCCAACAUCGCUCACCUUCUACCACCGCCCACCUGUCGGCCGCCUCCUGUUGUCGUCCUCCUUCGCCGGCCCCCUCUCGUCGCUGUCCUUCGCUGCCGGCUGCUGUCCUCCUCCGCCACUCAAUGCUGGCCACCUCUCGUCGCCGAUCGCCUCUCGUCAUCGUCCUUCGCCGUCGGUCGCCGUCCUCCUCCACCGCCUAGUGCCGGCCACCUCUCGCCGCUGGCUGCCUCCCGUCGUCAUCCUCCGUCGCCGGCCGCCCUCCUCCUCCGCCGCCCAGUGCCAGCCACCUCUUGCCGCCGGCCGCCUCCCGUCGUCAUCCUCCGCCGCUGGUCGCCCUCCUCCUCCACCGCCCAGUACCGGGCACCUCUCGUUGUCGACCGCCUCCCGUCGCCGUCCUCCUCGGCCGUCCAAUGUUGGCCACCUCUCGCUGCCGGCCGCCUCUCGUCGUCAUCCUCCGCCGCCGGCCGCCUCCCGUCGCCGUUCUCCUAG